UAUUUCAGAAAUGCCAAAUUCCCAAAACCAAAACACUCUUUCAACUCCAACCUCCCAUAAUCUUUCCUCCGAGAAGAAGAAGAAGCAGUCAUGGCGGCCACAUUUUGGUCAGCCGCCAUUAACGUUUGCUCUCUCCCCUUCAUUCUCAUAUUUAUUGCCUCUCCAUUAUCUCUUUCUCAAUCCAUUCCCCCUCAAAACAUCCAAACUUUCUACCCUUUUUUCUUGCCCCCUCUCCACGCGCCGCGCAUUCCCAUCAGGCGGCGCGUUAAUCCUCCUCCUCCGCCGCCGGACCCCGAGACGUUACUGCCACCGCCGCCGCCGUUGUUGCUGCCGCUGCCGCCGUCGACGCCCUCGAGAAAGGCGGUCGGGACUGCCAUUGGAGUGACCGCGGCGAGUACGGUGGUCGUGUCGGCCCUGUUUUUCUUCUUUGUUCUUUGGUACUUGAGGAGUAGGAGGCAGAAAGACGGCGGCGCCACCGUUUCCGCGGCGGCCGUCGCCGCCGCAGACGGCGGCGGAAAUGAAAAUAAGCCCGCCGGAGCUAAUAAAGACGAAUUUUUGAGGUUUGAAGGGAAUCUUAAGGCGGUGAUUGUGGAUGAAGACGGAUUGGAUGUGCUGUACUGGAGAAAAAUGGAAGGCGGCGAAGGGAAAGAGAGUUUCGACCGGCAACUUUUUAGCAAUAUAGAGAGUGAUCGGAAAGAUGAGGAGAAAAGGAUGAUUGCUGCCAGAGGCGGUGGCCGGAAAAAGCCCCGACCGCCGGUUCAAGAAAUCCCUUUGCUUAGAGGCAAGUCUUCAACCUCUCAGCACCCGGUUUGGGCAGAAGCAGAAAAUCAAGAACCGGCUUCUCCGCCGGCGCCGGCGCCGCUGUCUGUUCAAGCAAUUCCAGAGACUCCAUCUCCGCCGCCUUCUCCGCUUAAACCAGAUACCUUAGCGUCAUCGUCAUCAUCAGGACAUGGCGUUUCAGGAAAUGAAGAAGAAGAGAAACUGAAUCCUUUGAAUUUGGAUAAUGUGGAUCAUUCUUCCAUGGACUGGAACAAAAUUCAAGAUGGCUCCUCCAAGUUUGAUGGAGAUCUUAUGGAAGCACUGUUUGGAACCGUUGCAACCAACAGAAAAUCUCCUCGUACAGACACCACUCCAGCAAGCACACCAAGAGAAAUCGCAGGCCCACCCUCCCAAAUCUUCAUCCUGGAAAUCCAAAAAUCCCAAGAAUUCGCAUCUCUGAUCAAAUCUCUCAACGCCACAAGAAAAGAAAUCACGAAUGCACUCGACAAUGGAGUCGGCCUGGACACAAAAACCCUAGAAAAGCUUAUCAAAUUAGCCCUAACCAAAUCAGAACAAUCAGACAUCCUAGGGUUCCAAGGCCCCCCGACACGAUUAGCCGAUGCAGAAUCCUUCCUGUUCUUCAUCCUCAAACAAUUCCCCUCCGCCUUCCAUCGCUUCAACGCGAUGUUUCUCAGAUCGAGAUUUGGCUCGGAGAUCACCCUCCUGAAAGCGGAUUUUCAAACGCUUGAAUCCGCCUGCAAUGAGCUGAGAAAUAGCAGGCUCUUUGUUAAGCUUCUGGAGGCCAUUUUGAAAGCUUGGAAUCGGAUGAAUGUGGGCAGUUCUGAAAGAGGAAAUGGCCAUGGCUUCAAGCUUUCUGCUCUCAGAAAACUCUCCGGCGUGAAGAGCGGUGAUGGAACGAUCACAGUUCUUCAAUUUGUCGUUCAAGAAGUGAUCAGAGCAGAGGGGAAACGCUGCGUUUGUAGCCGCGAUCGCAGGAUAAUCAGCAAUGUUGCCGGCAGCGGCGAUGAUGACAGAGAGAAGGAAUACAUGACACUCGGCUUACCGAUCGUCGGCGGCCUGAGCUCGGAGUUCGCCGGCGUGAAGAAAGCCGCGGGAAUAGACUACGAUUCGCUCUCCGCCGCGCAAUCGGCGCUGUCAUCUAAAGCGGCUGAGAUCGGAAACCUUGCGGCGCAGUGCGGCGAUGACGGCGGCGGAGGAUUCGCGGCGGAGAUGCGGCGGUUUCUGGGCGCGGCGGAGGAAGAAAUGGAAGCGGUAAGGGACGAGAAAGCGCGAGUGAUGGAGAUGGUGAAGAAGACGACGGAAUAUUUCCAACGAGGAUCUUCAAACGACAGGACAUGGGCGCCAUUGCAAGUGUUUGUCGUAGUAAAAGAUUUCCUGGGAAUGAUCGAUGAAGCUUGCGUUGAAAUCGCGAGAAAUCUGCAGAAAAAGAGACCGGCAGGAUCAUCGUUACCUAGUAGAACUGUGAGGUUCCCGAAAUUACCGGCUGAUUUCUUGUCGGAAUAGGGAGACCGCAGUUGAGAGUCCAUUCUAAGAUUCGUAAAUAUGUUCAUACACAGAUACCAAUACCACCCCCCAUGUUAUUCGCUGUCUUAAUUAAAAGAUUAAAUAUAUAUGUUAAACGUAAUGUUUUUACGGCUACCAUUUUAUUGAGCUUGUCACAUUCGUUUUAUCCCUAUUUGUAUGGUUUACAUCCUAUUAUAUAUAAGCGUUUAAGGUA